GCAACCCCCUAUUAUAAGUAGCAAGCUACUUUUCUUGGCUAAGCCAUUAUUUGUACACAAGUGAUCCCAACUCCAAUUCCUCAAUCUUUCUUUCUCCACAAAAAUCUCAAUAUUUCUUCUUCUGCUGCUUUGCUUUAACAAAAGAAAAUGGCCAACAUUGGCAUUUUAGCAUUGGGUUUCAUAUUUGGAUUUUGUAACCUUUUUUUCAAUGCAAAUGGUUUCUCUGCUUCUGGAUGGCAGAGUGCUCAUGCCACUUUUUAUGGUGGAGCUGAUGCUUCUGGCACAAUGGGGGGUGCUUGCGGAUAUGGAAAUUUGUAUUCAACAGGGUAUGGUACAAACACUGCUGCAUUGAGUACUGCAUUGUUCAACGAUGGAGGAUCAUGUGGUCAAUGUUACAAGAUUAUGUGUGAUUACAAUCAAGAUCCUAAAUGGUGUAGAAAAGGAACAUAUGUUACAAUUACAGCCACAAAUUUUUGUCCACCAAAUUAUGCACUUCCUAGCAACAAUGGUGGAUGGUGCAAUCCCCCUCGACCACAUUUUGACAUGGCUCAACCUGCUUGGGAAAACAUUGGCAUUUACAGAGGUGGCAUUGUUCCUGUCCUAUACCAAAGGAUUCCUUGCGUGAAAAAAGGUGGAGUUAGAUUCACAAUAAAUGGAAGGAACUAUUUUGAGCUAUUGAUGAUAAGCAAUGUAGGAGGGGCUGGAUCUGUACAAUCUGUUCAAAUUAAAGGCUCAAAAUCAAACUGGAUGACAAUGUCCAGAAAUUGGGGGGCCAAUUGGCAAUCCAAUGCAUAUCUCAAUGGCCAACCCUUGUCUUUUAAGGUCACAACUACCGACGGUGUCACUAAAACAUUCUUAAAUGCUAUCUCUUCCAACUGGAAUUUUGGGCAAACAUAUUCAACCUCUAUUAAUUUCUAAUUAAAGAAAGUUUGAAAUUACAGGAUUUAGAGUUCGUGAGUUCAUACGUGAUAGGCAGCGGCGUGCUUACUGUUUUGCUGAAAGCAGCCCGCCCCCUCUCCUCCCCCUCCCCUCAAUUUUCUCUUUUACACUGAUGGUUGAUUUUUUUUAAAAUUAUUUUUAUUUAAUCAUCUGAUAUUCGAAAAACACUGGCCAGACUAAUGGCUAAGGUUCGAUAGAAUGAUGGUGGUUAAGUAAGCCACGAACUCUAGUCCAAAGAUGCUGAAAUCACAAAUCUGUUGAAAUUUAUUGUGUGUAUUUAGUAUAGUUUGAAAUUUGCAUUUUUAUUGUGAUAUCAAAGGAACAAUAAGACACUUUUUGUCUUUGAUGCAAAUGUUGUAGCUGCAUCAAGCAUACUUCUAUAGUUUUUGCUCUUUCUUGUACGCUUGUAAUAUGGUCAUUUUCAAUGUUAUAUUAUACAUAUUUUUGUUA